AUGCGUUCCACCGCGUCCGUAACAGCGCCAGCUCGGGAAGCAAAGAGGAGGAGGGCAUCCGAACAGGCGGGUGCGGCAGAAGAAGCGGCUGCAGAGGGUAGCACCAAGAAGGGUUCAAAGCCUCCUCGCAAGCGAAACCGCGGCAAGAAGGACAAGUCUGCCAAAUCUCGUGGCAAGCAGAAGGCGGUGUCGGAGGACGAGUCAGAGGAGGAGGUGCCUUUAUUCCUUCCCUCGCCUGGACUUGCUGGAGUGUCCAGUGGCGAGGAUGAGAGCCCUGUACCCGAACAAUUGUCCACCGACGACGAUGACAGCGGCAGGUGGAGUGCGGGGCCGGUUAUGGAGACUUCAAAUAUGCUGGUCCAGCAUGCCCUUGACAGGCGAGACGAGUUUGCCGACAAGUCACCCAAAAAUGUCAGUCGCGGACGCGCCCGCGGACUGUUUGUGGCAUCUCUAUGUGGCGACAAACGGUACCGAGACGUUGCUGCAGAAUAUAUCCGAGCAAGGGAGGGAACGUCAAUCUCUGGCGCCAUGCCUCCGCCUAUUCCCGGCGUGCCUUGGGCGUCCUGGGGGUGGACAUCCCCGUCUCUUCCUGAAUCCGCCCAUGCUGCCGCAGACGGUCUGUCACCGCUUAUCGAGUUCCUCGUGACCGAACCCUGGAAGCGCCACAACUACGCCAUCUACCGGCGGGUCGAGCAGGUGCUACUUGGUGUCGGCCUUGCAUUGCGAGACCUGGAUAAUGGCCAGUUCACCAAUGAUCCAGAUGACCCACCUCCGGCUCAUAUCCCCAUCUAUGUACAAAACACCGCUCUGGAUUUCAACGAUGUGCGGGAGACGCUUCUUCGCUCAAUCGGUUCCAUCAGCGAGCUCAUUAUCAUUGACGACAUCCCGCCCACUGUGUGGUCAGCCAACACAGAGGAGUCUCGCUCACCUACUCCAGGCCACAACCUGAUCGCACCCGAUGGCCCGCUUGUUCUGGAUGAGCCUCCCUCGCUUCCAGCCACUAUGUUUAAGGCCCCUCCGACGCCGCUUCUUCCGGUCGCGCAUGUCCCAGUGUUGUCUUCCACUGGACCGAGCCGUUCGUCGGCCCCAACUGCCGCCCCUGACCGUCCAUUGGUCAAGUUGCGCCCGCCUUUGGUUCUGCAAUCGCUGCCGAAGCGCCCCCCGCUGGUUCUUCAACCCCUGCCUACGUUUAGGCCAAGACCAUUGGGACAGUUGGGCGAAACAGUGCCUAGUCAGUCGCAGACGCAACAAGCGGGGGCCAUCGCCAAUAGCUUGCCACGAGCACCGCAGCAUGCGGGGGAAGCCGCCUCCCAUGGCAAGAGGCGGAGCGAGGUGGAUAGCAGCGAGGGAGCUGGUCAGUCAAAGAGACGGUGCAUCAUUCCGGAGAUUGAGGCAGGCAACAAGCGGGACAUACCGACAGAACAAGCGGACACCGGUAAAGAAGCGGAUUCAGGUGCCGCCAAUGAUGACGCUCUGCAAUGGAGCAGUUCCCGAGCGGGCCCAUCCACACAAGCGGGCCCAUCUACACAAGCGGGUCCAUCCACACAAGCGGGCCCGCCAAUACAAGCGGGCCAUGCUGCGCCUCAUGCCACAGCCGUCCCUCCAGCGUUGGCGGCCCCUCAGGUUGAGACAGGCUCACUCAGAGCAUCAAAACGCCUGAGCGGUAAGCGAGAACAGCAGCGAACAUUCAACUUGGUUUAUGGGAAACGGAAGUGA